AUGAGCCUCCAUUUUUGGGGGGAAAAUCUCAACUGUGUAAAAAAGAUUGUAGGUCGUGCCUUCCACAAUUGCCGUUGCCUUCAUUCCGGCCUCGAACGUGGUUAUGCUCGUGGUAACUACUCCAAACACAGUGUUGACUGUAUCGGGCCCACGUUUGUGCUGAUUUCUUGGUUGGUAGUAAUAGUCUGUGAAGGUGUUGCUUGUCAAUCUCCAGUUUGCGUGCAGUUUACUGCCUUCAUGCUUGCUGCGAAUCGCAAAGAACUUCCUUGUAUUGACACCAAAAUCCUCCAUCAUGCCUUUCAUGUAUCUUUGGAUUUUACUCCUGAGUUCCUUACUGGAAGAGAUUCCCAGCCCCUUGAGAAUUUCACCUGGUAA